UAAAUCGGCCAUUGAAUACUGUCUAUGUGACAUUAUCUGAAUUUCCAAAAAUCUCACUUUCGUUUUUUCGCCUAAUUUCCAUGUGGUUGCCACUGUGCUAUCGUGUUAUAUAUUUCAGGUAUAUGUAUGGAUGAAAAAGAUUUACAAUGGGGACGAAAAGUACAUGAUAUAAUAUCUCAAUCAUCUGAUAAUAAAUUGAAAUCAAAUGAAAAACUUCAAUCAAUGCUAAUGUCAAUGUAUAUUAAAUGUGGUGAUGUUGAAGAAGCUGAAAAAAUAUUUUUACAAAUUAAAGAUCAAAAUAAAAAUAUAGUCGAUUAUAAUUCGAUAAUGAAAUGUUAUAAUAAUAAUAAUUUAUAUGAGAAAACAAUUAAAUUAUAUCAAAAGAAUGAUAUUCAACCUGAUCAUGUUACUUAUAUUUUAGUUUUACAAGCAUGUCGAGAUUCACAAAUGUUAGAAGAUGGAAAAUCUGUCCAUUUUGAUAUUAGUCAAGAUCCAUUAUAUCGUACACAUCGUGAAAUUUACAAUCUAUUACUCGAUAUGUAUCUAAAAUUAAAUGAUUUAAAAUCUGCUGAAGAAAUAUUUAUUCAAAUGAGAAAUCAAAAUAAUGUAAUUAGUUUUACUUCGAUGAUGAAAGCGUAUAAUAAAGAAAAUUAUUUUGAUCAUACUCUGCAAUUAUAUAAACAAAUGAUAGUAGACAAAGUAAAACCAGAUCAUACUGUCUAUCAGUAUCUUCUACAAGCAUGUGCUGAUGGAAAUUUUCUUGAUAAAGGUACACUCUUUCAUACAGAACUAAUACAAAAUUAUCCAGCUUUUUUGGAACGAAUUGAAAUUCAAAAUUCAUUAUUGAACAUGUAUGGAAAAUGUAAACAAGUAAAAAAAUGUGAACAAUUAUUUAAUCGAAUUCCAUUAGAUAAACGUGAUAUAAUUACCUAUUGUACAAUGAUAACUGUAUACGAUUUAAAUGAUCAAGGAAAAAAUGCUUUACAAUUAUUUGAACAAAUGAAACGAUAUUUUUCGCCUACUCAUGAUGUUUAUGUACUCAUAUUAAAUACAUGUUUACAUCAUAAAUUUGUUCAAGAAGCAAAACAAAUUUUUAACUCCAUUACAGAUAAGAAACAUAAAAAUAAUGCACAAAUUAUAACGAUUAUGAUUGAAAUAUUUGCUUGUUCUAAUCUAUGGUUUGAUGCUGAAUUAUUCAUUAUAAAUUAUGAAUUAGAAAAUGGUACUGAAAAACUAGAUCAUUCAAUGUAUUGUACAUUGUUAAGUAUAGCAUGUUUGACACAUUCUAUCGAACAGGCAAGAAAUUUAUUCAAACGACUAAAAUAUAUGCGCACUUUAACACAACUUGAUCUGACUAUAUAUCAGGGACUAAUGAAAGAUGAUGAACGAGCACUUUUAGAAGAUGAACGAGAUAAAAUAAGAAAACAAAAAACGAUGUAUUAA